UCUAUUGGUAAGGAAAUACUGGUUAAAUUAGUCUCAGUGGCCACUCCUCACAGAAACCCAUUUCACUCAACUUAUUCUUGGAGAGGGGCUGGAGUUUUCUUCCAGAAAACAACUGUCAGAGGAGGAAACACUGGUAAAGGUUAAAAUGGACCAAAAACAAAACUCACAGUUGAAACUGAAUCUGAUGAACCAUGGACCAGGACCAGGACCUACUGAAUCCAAACCUCAGGAGAGGGAACAGUGGGGCAGUAAAAUUGAGUUCAUCCUGGCAGUGGCCGGACACAUUGUCGGUCUGGGAAAUGUCUGGAGGUUUCCAUACCUUUGCUACAGAAAUGGAGGAGGGGUUUUCUUCAUACCUUAUGUUUUGUUUUUGUUCACCUGCGGCAUCCCACUCUUCUUCCUGGAGACGUCUUUGGGCCAGUACACCAGUCAGGGUGGAAUAACAUGUUGGAGAAAGAUCUGCCCUCUUUUUGAAGGCUUAGGUUAUGGAAGUCAAGUGGUUGUUUUGUACACUGGGGUGUAUUAUAUCAUCAUCCUGGCUUGGUCGUUUCUCUACUUGUUUUCAUCCUUCAGGUCUGAGCUUCCAUGGGCGAGCUGUCGCAACAGCUGGAACACAGAUGGCUGUUUUGAGCAUGGUCACAAUCAAACAUCCCCUCUGCACCUGUAUGGAAACAGCACUUCUUCGGUUGUAGAAUUUUGGGAGAGGAGAAUCUUGGGCCUGUCCAGUGGAAUUGAGAAAAUUGGCAAUGUUCGUUACGACCUGGCCCUCUGUCUACUUCUUGCCUGGACGUUGUGUUAUUUCUGUGUCUGGAAUGGAGUGAAGUCCACAGGAAAGGUGGUCUACUUCACUGCCACAUUUCCGUAUGUGAUGCUGGUGGUGCUGCUUGUUCGUGGUCUUACAUUACCAGGGGCCAAAGAAGGAAUCAUGUUCUACCUCUACCCAGACCCAUCCCGCCUCACUGAUCCAGAGGUAUGGAUGGAUGCUGGCAGCCAGAUUUUCUACUCUUAUGGAGUUUGCACAGGUGUUCUGACAUCUUUAGGAAGCUACAACAAAUACAGCAACAACUGCUACAGAGACUGUGUUUACCUCUGCCUGUUGAACAGUUUAACCAGCUUUGUAGCUGGCUUCGCCAUCUUUUCUGUGCUCGGUUUUAUGGCAAAGGAGCAAGGUGUGGAUAUAUCGAUGGUGGCUGAGUCAGGUCCAGGGUUGGCAUUCAUUGCUUAUCCUCGUGCCGUGGCACUAAUGCCACUUCCCCAGCUCUGGGCUAUUUUCUUCUUCGUUAUGAUCAUCCUUUUAGGAUUAGAUAGUGAGUUUGUAUAUCAAGAGGCAUUGGUCACAACGAUCUCCGACAUGUAUCCGGACUUCUUUCAAAACAACUGUCGACGUAAACUCCUUCUUCUUGCCAUUUCUGUUGGAAGUUUCUUUUUGGGCCUUUUAAUGGUCACGGAGGGAGGUCUUUAUAUCUUCCAGCUGUUUGACUACUACGCCUGCAGUGGGAUGACACUCCUGCUUUUUGCUGUUCUUCAGUCUGUCUGUAUUGGAUGGGUCUAUGGUGCAGAUCGUCAUUAUGAUAAUAUUAAGGACAUGAUUGGAUAUCGGCCAUGGUCGUUUAUGAAAUAUUGUUGGAAAUACUUCACACCAGCUAUCUGUACUUUCACAUUUCUCUUCUCCUUGGUCAAAUAUACUCCCCUCAAAUUCAACAACACUUAUGAAUACCCCUGGUGGGGCUACACCAUUGGAGGAUUUUUCACUCUCUCUUCAACACUCAUGGUUCCUCUGUGGAUGCUGUAUGCAGUGAGUGUCACUCCAGGAACACUGAGACAGAGACUGACAGUUCUGUGCACACCAGCUAAGAACUUACCUACUGCAAUAUUAAAGAAGGAAUUAAAUAAAGAAGCAUUUCAGACUUUCACAGGCUUGUACACACUUUGCCCGACAGAAAGUCCCGAUGACAAAGGUGAUAGAGCUCAGAGAUCAUCCAUCAUCUAAACUGCAAGAAGAAAGUGCUGAAAUUAAACAAGAAGCUUGAGGAGUGCAAAUCCUAAGCAGUUUUACUUGUCAUUCAAAACUGAUACAAAAAAGAAAAAGGGAAACACUGACAAACGCUCAUCACAACAUAUUACAGUGUUUGUAGAAUAUGUGAGCAAUAAGGUGACGUUUUUAUUUCUGAUUUAUAUUUCAUGUGCUUUUGAUAGAGUCCCUAUUAAAUAACUACACGUCUAGGAAGGAUUUCUAUAAGCAAUUGAGCUACAAAAUCAAAGAAAUGUCUUUUCUUUGACCAUAAACUGGUUCUCUCGUUGGUCGGCAGUAUAUAAAACAUUGUAUUUCCGUUAGGUGUAUUCAUUAAUUUAAUUUAUUAAUAUUAAUUCCGGAAAUCCUAUUAAAUAGUUUAUGAUAAUAUAUUUAUUGGGUGACAAGCCUUAACAAUAUUUACAAUAAUAUUCUGAAUGGGCAAUAUUCUAAAUAAGUUUUUUAUAUAACUCUAAACAUGAUAUACUUAACAUUGAAUACAAUGCACCUCUGUAACGUAGUAUAAAAGACCACACCUGUGUGCAUUUAACACCUGAAACUGAGAGCAAACUGGGUAUGCAGGCUGUAAUUCAACACAUUGUAUGUUCAGAGCCUUUCUCAUUUAAAUUACAGAGUAAUAUAAAGCUUCAGUGUUCAACCGUGUUACACUGUAAUUACAGUGCAAGUACACAUUAUGUGGGAUUUACAGUUUUAAAGCUAUCAUCACAACAAAUUCAGUUGCAUACAGAUAAAAACAAGUAAGCACAGUGUAAAGCAUUACUUUCCCCUGAUUUCUGCAUGAGGAACUUUCUGUAUUAUAUGUUCACUAUAAACACAAAGAAGGGCUUAAUGCUUACUACCACUGAACAUCAGUAGUAAAAAUAACUCUACAACUAUAGAGAAACUUGUCUAAAGUUCAUUUGUAAGUUGUAAGUUAAUCCUUACACUUUUUGUUGUCAAUAUUGUCAAAUAUACUUGAACUACAAAUACUUAACAAAAACUAAGAAAACACAACAAAGGUUUCCUAUUGUAUUGUCCUUAAACUGGCUACGAGUGUGUUUUAACAUCACAUGGACACCUGAUGUUCUGUUCAGCUGUUUAUACCUGUAGGUCUACUCACCUAAUAAUUACGCUUUUUAAAAAACAAAAACAAUGAGUAGUUCACAGCCACAUUAUGUUUUUAUGAAUGCCCCUCUUGUUCUUUUCUUCCAUACCCGAAGCACUCCAUAUUUCAAAAUGUCUUACCGUGUAAUUUGCCUAAAACCUAUUAAUUUUCUUUCCCAAAUGUACCCAAGUGAUUCAUUCUUUUAAAGAAUAUUUUAAAUUCUAAAUAAAUGAUAUCACAAACAC